AGGCCAGUGGAGAAGGGGGCAGUGGCACCGCUAACCACCAUCAGGCAGCUGCUACAGACAUGUGGACACACACACACACAUUUACUGGAUCCCCCCCACAAACUGUAUCCCCUGGAAGCCCAUUCUCUGACUCUGUGUUGGCCUGACAUUUAGUUGUCCUAGCCAAAGUUGUGUUAUUAAACUGUGUCACAAAUCCACAGGCACAGUCUUAAGCCGCUACCCAGUGGAAACUGGCUGUGGUGCGAGGGAGAUUUGUUCUGGGUGUCACUGUGUGUGUUGCUCAGCCCUGUGUGUUGUUGCAUGGUGGUUCGUUCUUCGUUAUUUCCAGAUGGUGGAUCAGGACCCAUUGGUGGUUCACAGCCCUUUCUACUGGCUUAAGACUGGAUUAUGGCAUUAGUCUUCUGAUGGUGCCUUUGCCAGUCACUUUCUCUGUUCUGGAAGGAGAGGAAGGAGGAGAGUUCAUACCCAAUCUCAAGCAGCUAUGCAGUUUAACCCAUGUGAGAGCUCCAGCCCGUUGUUUCUUCUCCAAACAGGAGAGUGUGUUGUUUCGGCAGUGAUGUCACAAGGCUCCCUUCGCUGUUCAUCUUGAAGGGCCAUAGCGAAAUUCCUAAAAGCUUUUGAUAGACCACAGAACAAAACCUUUUGGGAACCACUGCUGUAGCCUGUAUGUCACUGAAGGGCAUUGACCGGCUGGACCCUGGGCAGAUGGCCUUUGCCAGUGCCAGUGGGUAGGAGUAGAGGACCAGGUUGGUGUGAUGAGGAAUGUGCAGUGACAAUAAGUUCAUUGACCGGAGAGGGAGCCUCUGUCUCUCUGUGUGUUCCCACCACACCCUCAUCACCAGUCAUCACAGCAUUCUCUCCAUUCUCUGCAGCCUAUAGACAGGACAAAUGUCACUCUGGGAAUAGUGAGGAACCCCUCUUAAAAUCACAGGAACUUCAGUGUGAGAGGAACACUAUCGUAGCACUACUGUAGCUCCUGGAGGGAUUCUCUCUGUUGGGAUUCUAAUAUAUCAAGCUGCGGGGCGACCAGGGUGGCCGGGAUGCCACUGUGUGCCCUGCCAGUCCACGGUGGAUGCUGAGGGGCAGGAGGACGGAGUGGUGGGGACGAAGUGUAGCAGGCUGGGAGGGCACCACACAUCUGGAGACAUGAACCUAUGCUGGAACGAGAUCAAACGCAAGUCCCACAACAUCCGGGUGCGGCUAGAGGCGUUCUCUGACAACAGUGGGAAGCUGCAGCUCUCCCUGCAGGAGAUCAUAGACUGGCUGACGGCCAAGGACGAGGAGCUGUCGGAACAGCUGCCCAUAGGGGGAGAUGUGGGGGCCGUCCAACACCAAAGGGAGUUCCACCAGGUCUUCAUGGAGGAUGUCAAGUCUCGAGGGCCCUUCAUCUACUCGGUGCUGGAGUCUGCCCAGGCGUUCCUGACACAGCACCCCUUCCAGGAGCCCGAGGAGACGCUGCCCGACGGAAAAGAAGUGUCUCCGAGGAAACGGAUCCUGAACGUGAGUCGCUCGGUGUGGAAGCAGGCCAAUGUAACCAGUGACCUGUGGGAGAAGCUGACUGCCCGCUGCGUGGACCGACACAGGCACAUGGAGCGGACCCUGGAGCGACUGCUGCAGACGCAAGCAGCCAUGGAGGAGCUGGCGAUGGCCCUGGAGCAAGCUGAGGGCGUCCGGGAUGCAUGGGAGCCUGUAGGGGACCUCUUCAUCGACUCCCUGCAGGACCACAUUGACGCCACCAAGUUGUUUAAGGAGGAGCUGACUCAGGUGAAAGAGGGCAUGAAGCACAUUAAUGACCUGGCUCAUGAGCUGGCCAUCUCUGACGUCCAUUUGUCCAUGGAAAACUCCCACUCCCUGGAGCACCUCAACAGCCGCUGGAAACUACUGCAGGCCUCCAUUGAAGAGCGUCUGAAGCAGCUGCAGGAUGCUCACAGAGACUUUGGCCCUGGAUCCCAGCACUUCCUGUCCAGUUCAGUGCAGAUACCCUGGGAACGUGCCGUCUCGCCAAACAAAGUGCCCUACUACAUCAACCAUCAGGCCCAGACAACGUGCUGGGACCAUCCAAAAAUGACGGAGCUGUACCAGGUGCUGGCGGAUCUGAACAACAUCAAGUUCUCAGCGUACCGGACAGCCAUGAAGCUGCGGCGGGUGCAGAAGGCUCUGAGAUUGGACCUGUUGAGGCUGGUGAGUGUGGUGGACGUGUUCAGGGAGCAGGAUCUGCAGCACGGGGAACAUGUGAUGGAUGUGGUGGAGAUGAUUCAUGCCCUGACCGGCCUGUAUGAGAGACUGGAGGAGGAGAGGAGGGCCAUCGUGGUCAACAUCCCUCUCUGUGUCGACAUGUGUCUCAACUGGCUGCUCAACGUCUACGACAGUGGUCGCAAUGGGAAGAUGCGCGUCCUCUCCUUCAAGACGGGACUGGUGAGCCUGUGCAAUGCGGAUGUUCAGGAGAAGUAUAAAUACCUGUUCAGGCAGGUGUCUGGUCCAGGGGGUCUGACAGACCAGCGUUACCUCACUAUGCUGCUCUAUGAAGCCAUCCAGAUCCCCCGACAGCUGGGAGAGGUGGCCGCCUUCGGGGGGAGCAAUGUGGAGCCCAGUGUACGCAGCUGCUUCCGUAUGGCCCCAGGGAAGCCAGCCAUCGAGGUAUCUCAUUUCCUGGAGUGGAUGAGCCUGGAGCCCCAGUCUGUAGUGUGGCUGGCUGUUCUACAGCGUGUGGCUGUGGCCGAGUCCGCCAAGCACCAGGCCAAGUGUUACAUCUGUAAACAGUGCCCCAUCAAGGGAUUCAGGUACCGCAGUCUGAAACAAUUCAACGUGGACAUCUGCCAGACGUGCUUCCUCACGGGACGCACCACCAAGGGAAAGAAGCAGCUCCAAUACCCCAUCAUGGAGUACUAUACCCCAACCACCUCAGGAGAGAAGAUGCGGGACUUUGCCAAGACACUGAAGAACAAGUUCCGGUCGAAGCAGUACUUCAGUAAGCACCCUCAGCGGGGCUACCUGCCUGUCCAGUCGGUGCUGGAGGCCGAGAGUUGGCAGAGAUGGAGAACCAGAAUUGUUCUUUCUUCACAGAUAGCCUGUCGCCUGAUGAGAGUCUGGAUGAAGAUCAGUACCUCCUGCGUCACUCCAGCCCCGGCGCCCUGGACCAGGACUCCCCCAGCGGACAACAGAUGCUGCUGGCCCACCUGGACUGUCAGGACAAGGACGAGCUGCAGAGAACGCUGGCCCGCCUGGAGAACGAGAACCGGGUGCUGCAGGGGGAGUGGCGGCGGCUGAAGUGGAGGCAUGAGGAGGCGGCUGCUGCGCCCCAGCUGACAGAGGGAGGUGAGGGGAUUCCGGGAUCUCCCACGGAGGGCCAGCAGGACGAGGAGCUCCUGGCCGAGGCAAGGGUCCUCCGGCAGCACAAGACUCGCCUGGAGACACGCAUGCAGAUCCUAGAGGACCACAACAAACAACUGGAGUCCCAGCUGCACAGGCUACGAGAGCUACUGCUGCAGCCCAAAGACGAUUCGGAGGCCAACGGGUCGGAACCUUCGUCCCUGUCAUCUCCGGUGUCAGGGGGAGGCCGUCAGGGGGACGGACCCAGUAGAGAGACCACAGACACAGAGGCAGCAGGAGAUGGCGAUGAUGAUCAUGAACAGGACACAGUGCAGCAGCUGCAGGAGGUCAUAGAGCAGCUGAGAAACGUCUUCCCUUCAGAACCUGGAACCACGUCACUCAUCUAACCCAGGGCGGCGCUUGGAGUGCAGAGUGAUGCCUGAUGGGAUGCCUGAUGGCCCGUGCCCCAUAUAGCUGCCAUCAGAGGGACAGAGAGUGCACCAAGUCCUUGACCCAUACAGCAGCUCACCCAGAGCUGACCCCUCUCCCUCCCCCUGGACCUCUGUGCACUAACCACCCCUGUGGGAGUCAAAGGCUAACAGCUAAUGCUAAUGUCCAGGCCGGGCCAAGCACUAUGCUAACAAGCUAUGGCUAAAGUUAUGCUAUGGCUAAGCGGUGCAGCCAGACACUGUGUUAACCAGCUAAGGAGGCUAAGGAAGCUAACAGCUAACGUUAGCAGCCCAGCCAGGCAGAAACCGUUUUAGCUAGCUAAUCCACUACUGGCUAACGCUAGCAUCCCAGCCAUGACACUGUGCUAACCAGCGUCCACGUAGUCGUCCGAAGGUGUGACGUUUUAUAUCCAUACAGCACAAGGACCUUCCACAAAAAUGACUUUUACACAAUGCAAAAAUGAGUGAGGAUUUCCAUCAUGUUUGUUCUAUCCAGUAACUGCGUGCGUUUGUGUUUUUCCUGUUUUCUAAUGCGUUUCAAACUUCUCUUUUUUUAACGAGGCGUUCAUGCGCACCAGCGUUGACUCGAUGUGGGCCAGGCUGGCUGCGUUUCAUGCGGCUGUGAUCAGGCGGCUGGGGCAGGCGUACCCAGAGCAAAGCAGAGCAGAUUGUCGGGGAGCCAGCGGGACCCACAACAAGCUUAUUGACUCUGUGGGACUGACACAUCAUCAGUAAAACCCUAUGAUUUAUUUAAGACAGCCAAAGUGCCUGCCAGCGCAUGCAGCGCUGCUUCUGUGCACACAGCUCCUCUAAUCUUACCAAACUGGGAUGCCUGUCGUCUCUCUCGCAUGGCUCCCCUCUUUCUCUGUCACAGUGAGUGCACAUAUCACACACGCGCGGACCCACGUUGUUUCAGAUGAACUCUCAUGCUGUAUUAACACACGUAUUCAUACUCAGAUUCAUAUCACAUACAGUAGGAAUACACACGUAUAAACGCACAUACGCUUGCACUCACAGCCGCAAACUUUUGUGAAACGAAAUCAGUGACGAAAGAAGGCCUGUGAUUUUGCGUCUCUCUGUUCAGGAGGAGAGUCUCGAGACAACGCUGAUAUGUGUUUAGCUGAGAAAGCGUCUAGCUUUAAAGGCCGGGCCCUCCUCUGGCUCCCGCUGCGUGCACAGCAGAGAUGGCAUGAUGCCCCAGUGCCCCAUGUUGCUUAAACCUUUCAGGGGUACACAAAUGCCUAGGAUAGUAGGAGCUCGAUGCUGGCGGGGCGGUUGGGCUACCAUCACACCAGGAUCAUGUGACACUCCAGACAGAGCACAGUCUAUUUGCCUUAAACCCAGACAGAGCUCAGCACGGACCAAUACGUGUGUUUUAUGUUGCUGCCUCAAACAUUAUUAAAUGGAGUUCGCCCUGGCGCUCUCUCUCUCCUCUCUCUCCUCCCCCUAUCCCUCUCUUAUUUUCUCUUUUUAUGCUUGUGACUCAUCCAUUUGUCUAUCAGAUGUUAAAGUACUGGCUCACAUAUGCCUUUUUUGUCAUUCAGUGUUUUCACAAUCAGAGGAGGAAAUUGCAUCAGUUGGGUGUAGUGGGUGGAUGUGAAUGUCAUUCAAUAUCAGAUGCUAGUUCUGUUUAGGGGUCUGGGUUCUGUGGCAUUUUGCAUUAGAGGCAUCAGAGAGCCUUUAUGAGUAAGGACAGGGAAGACAGUGGGAAUUGACAGCGCUAGAGCGGCCUAGCACCUGAGAGACUAAUUAAAAGGGUGGGGUCAAAUAGGGCUUUGGUGGGGUGGAGGGAGGGAGGAUGCUGGGAAUGUGAUAGCGAAGUGGAAGAGAGGCUCGGAGGAGGGGAGAUCUGAGAGACCAAAGGAAAGGGGAAGAAAAUAGUCUGUUCAGUGCUCCUGGGCUGAGUGGAGAGGAGCCAUCCACUUUGAUGUGCUUGCCACAGCAAAUCUCCAAGAGACGGACGCAGACAGUAGGCGAGCGGUUUAAUAGAAAAAAAAGAGGACACAUGCUCUGUUUUUUAUGAGGUACCACUUCCAUAAAGUUCUUACACCCACAGUCGCAGGGAGCCAUGAUGUGAAUAGUUUGUAUUCAUUCAGAGAACAUUCUGACCUUAUUGCCAAGAACAGAUUUCAGUUUGAAUCCCAUCCCAGUUUUUGUUAGACUUUAUCCCCUCCAGGCGCCGGCGUUCACAUUUCACAUCGUCGAGUUCCGUCGUGGCUGUCUGUUUGUUUUGCUGCUGUUGCUAGGGAACUGUACACUGUACAGGUUGAGAGUCAGCAAGGUGGGGCGCCGUUCAUAAUCGAAAUGAUAAUAACCAUAUGGGGAAGAGAGGGCGCCUCGAUUCCAUACCUCAGCCGCCUUAUCCCCCGAUCACUCCUUAACCACCCCCGCUGAACAAUGCCUGCCACUGUUUAGUGUUUAACUGGCAUAGAAAGUCAUUAUCAUUGACAUCUGUUCUACCUUUGCCAAGGGCUGACGUGCACCGGCAUCCUUCUUUACAGGAUCCAGGAACAAAGAAUUGCUCAAGUGAAAUAAACACGCAACGCAAAUAAUGUUUACUCUUUGGUUGUAAACACACGUCUCAUUACACAUUGAUGAGCCCCCUGAACAUAGUUUUGGCUCUGAAUAUACGCAGCUGGGAAUGCAUCACAACUCUCUCGCUCUCUGUGUGUGCAAUUACGAACUACAGCGAUUAGGCCUAGAAACCAUAUGUCAUGUAGACCUUUAUGCCUUCAGAAACUAUUCACCCGUGCCCUUUUCCACAUUUUGUUGUGUUACAGCCUGAAUUUAAAAUUGAUUACAUUUAGAUUUUGUGUCACUGGCCUACACACAAUACCCCAUAAUGUCAAAGUGGAAUUAUUUUGGGGGGAAUGUUUACUCCACAAUACUAACCUAAAUGACAGUACGGAAAGGAAGCCUUUACAGAAUAAAAAAUAUUCCAAAACAUGCAUCCUGUUUGCAAUAAGGCAAUAAAGUCAAACUGAAAAAAAUGUGGUAAAGAAAUCAACUUUAUGUCCUGAAUACAAAGUGUUAUGUUUGGGGCAAAUCCAACACAACACAUCACUGAGACCCACUUCAUAUUUUCAAGCAUGGUGGUGGUGGCUGCAUCAUGUUAUGGGAAUGCUUGUCAAUGGCAAGGACUCAGGGACCUUUUUUUAUUAUAAAAAUAAACUGAAUAGAGCUAUGUUCAGGCAAAAUCCUAUCCAGGUGUGCAAGGCUCUUAGAGACUUACCCAGAAAGACUCACAGCCGUAAUCGCUGCCAAAAGUGAUUCUAACAUUGACUCAGCAGUGUGAAUACUUAAAUUAGAUAUUUUUGUAUUUCAUUUUCAAUACAUUUGCUAACAUUUCUAAAAACAUUUUUUCACUUUGUCAUUAUGAGGUAUUGUGAGUAGAUGGGUCAGGGGGGAAAAGUAUAUUUUUUUAUACAGGCUGUAACAACAAAAUGUUGAAUAAAGUCAAGGGGCAUGAAUACUUUCUGAAGGCACUGUAAAUGUUUUGUGUGUUUUGGACAAUACUGGAGGUAGGAGAGCGUAGGUGGAAUGAAUGAUUACACCACUGUAGCAGGUAAUUCGGCAGACUGAUAUAACGAUAUGUAACAGUGCAGCAGAAAACUGUAGCUCUUCACUGUGUCCCUCUUACUUUAACUCCCAGAAGUCCAUACUGUCUUUGUAGUGGCAUUGUGUUGUAGCCCAUCGAAUCGAAGCCUCUGUAAGAACACUACGUUAUACUGCCCGCAUCUCUCUGUAGUCAUGUGAUUAUCCAUCGGAGGCGUCUAAUGUUCGAGAUAAAACCACUGUGGAGCUCGAACCACAUUGGAGCACUACGAGUAGUGUCACGCUGGAUACCAGUCCGAUCAUUUUCGUGAUUGAGGAGAAGCCCUAGUCGCCGGAGACAGAAACAGUUUAGAGGACAUGGCCAACGGGUAUGGCUGUGUCCCUGCUAUAUAUAGUUGGUCAACCCGUUAUCGAGCGCCGCUCAUUAUUCCUAAUGGCGAGACUUUCUGUGCACGCUGAGUUCUGGGCACCUUGGCAUCGUUACGAGACACAGGGAGGGUUGUUGGUGUUCUCGAACACGGCAGGGCCAUGAAUUACUUAACCUCUUAUGGGAAUCAGAGCUACAACGACAUACACUAGCCUAGCCUAUUUUACCACAGUGACGCCCUGCCACCGCAAAACACAGACUCAUCUUUUCUAUUCUACUGUCUUUUUUAAAGCAACGUUACUACGCCUCAUUACUUGUCCAUUUGAUUAUGACUAAUGUGUCUGUCAUUGACUUAUUUGUUUAUUUAAUUGUGUACUGUACUGACAUUCCUCCUUGUUGUUGUCCUCCCCAUCGGUUUUUAAUCUGUAUAAAAUUAUUGAAAAAGAAAGGCUUUUUAAUAACGAGUGGGUUACUGGCUGCUUUCUACUCUUUGUGUACAAAGAAUAAAUACAAUUUGUAUUUGUUAUACACAA